AUGGUUUUGGGGCUGCAGUGCCGGAGGUCCGUGGCGGUCCUGCACUUCCUCUGCUGCCUGUGGGCCGUCUUCGCCCUCUCCCAGAAUAUUGGGCUGCCCCAAUCCAGCCGCUGGGAAAGAGACGACUCCUAUGGGGGCCACUGGAAACAUCUGACCUUCCUUAACCAGAUUUUGCAGACAAUACUGUUUCUGUUGUGCGUCAUCAUUGAUUUUGUAGGUCUUUGCACCCCUUCCCAUGAGAAGAAAGUUUCAUCUCUAUUGGUGCCUAUCAGAGAUUUCAUCUUCUCAGUAUUCGUCUUCCCUGUUGGCUUAUUUGUAGCUGUUGUUUUCUGGGGUCUCUAUGCAUAUGACCGAGAACUAGUGUACCCUAGAGAACUGGAUGAUGUUAAUCCAACGUGGCUUAAUCAUUCUAUGCAUACUACCAUCCUGCCGCUGCUUUUCAUAGAGCUUGUAAUAUGCCCACAUAAAUACAUUCAUCCGACAGAGGGAAUUUUUGGACUUACUGUCUUCACAUUUACAUACCUCUGCUGGAUAAUGUGGGUACACUAUGCAUCUGGUAUUUGGGCAUAUCCAGUUUUAGGAGUUCUCAAUACACCUGGGAAAAUAGUAUUUUUUUCCAUCGCCUACUGUAUAGUGCUAACGUUCUACGUCCUUGGAAAGGUGCUAACAAAACAGUUAUGGGCAAGACGCAGAAAACAAUCAUAAGAGUGGACACCGCAAAAGAUGUAAGA